ACAAAACUGAAAAACAAAAAAUGGCAGUGCUAAUCCAAAAGCCGCACGUUCUCCUCCACACACCAAUUCUCAUCACCCCCACCAAACCCAGACUCAGAAUCAAGUGCCAGGACUCCUCUGAGCCUCAAAAGCCCUCCACCAGUGCCCAACCCACUUCUCCAGGACAGGGCUUUGGAUCCGCUUCUUCAACUGUCAAAACAGCAGUCAAUAAGAAGAAAGAGAAGGGUAGAAGGGAGAGGGCAUCCAUAAUCCGUCGAUCACCAGUUCAAAAACCGGGGUUUCUUGGUGUAGAAGAACAGGGCGAGUCUAAGGAGCAGGGUAGAAAUGAGAGUGCUUUUCUUCUUGCUUGGCUAGGCCUUGGUGGGAUCAUUCUUGUGGAGGGCAUUGUUCUUGCUGCUUCUGGCUUCCUACCAGAAGAGUGGGAUAAAUUCUUUGUGAAGUAUCUAUACCCAUCUUUCACCCCAACAGUCUUCUUGUUUGUUGCUGGAACUGUUGCAUAUGGAGUGCUUAAGUACCUGCAGAACGAGGAAAUCAAAACCCCGAAAUGACUUUUCAUGAAUGUAAACAAUACUUCCAGGCUAUAUGUUUCCAGGUUAUGGGAGGAGCAUCUCACUGGUGACCGUUGAGUUGUUUCUUAUGGACUCAGCUUCUACCUGCAGUGCCUUCCACUAUGAACAGACGGAUGUAAAAUAGCAUAACUCAGAAAGUUAUGGAGCAUAUUUUUUGUUUUGUUUGGGCAAAGUGAAUACAACUCUUCCCAUAUGUAUGAUUUUGCAUAUCUGCUUCUGUAAUUUGGAUGACUCUUUGGGAUUAAUGCAUUACAGUUUCCCUUUUUUUCUGGAUGAA